CACGCCCACGAGCAGCGGUUGGGCUUUCAGCCUUUCUGUCCCCACUCUCUUGAAGUGACAGAGUCACUCCCACGUUCAAAGUCCACCUCAAGACCUACUCUUUGACCGCGUUUUCAGUCAUCCUUUUCUCUCCCACUCUCCUGCUAACAAAUUGGAUGCAUAGCCAGGAUUAUUAAGGACCUCGGGAUGUGUUCCCGAUGUGAAAGAUCUUUCUACAGUGGUCCUAUGAGAUUGACGCAACAUGUGCACAGAUCUGGCCCGCAACCAAAAGCGGACCAGACACCUAAUGAUAGCACCAAUUCCUGUGCUGCUGCUGCUGCAGCGCAGAAUAGUCCAGAGAUCAGGGGCUCUCUCUCACACGUUCCUCACGGUGUUUGGAAGAGGGCUCUGCCGGGGGAGCACGAUGUGAAUCAUGCUGAGAACUGAGGGGAUGAAGACCUUUGAGGAACGGUCCAUUACCUGAAGCAAAAGACAGAAGUUAUGGGGGCCGGUGAGGAAGUUCUGAUGACCCUGGGUGGUGGGGCGCCCUGGGGCUUCAGACUUCAAGGGGGCUCCGAUCAACAGAAGCCUCUCCAAGUCGCCAAGGUCCGGAAACGCAGUAAAGCCGGUAGAGCUGGACUGUGUGAGAAUGAUGUACUGCUGUCCAUUAAUGGGAAAUCCUGUUUCAGUAUAUCACACGCGGACGCCAUGCACAUCAUAGAUUCCUCCAAUGGGACUCUUCACAUAUUGGUUAAAAGGGUUUCCUGGAGCCCAGAGGCUGAAUCAAGUCUGCGCGGCGCCUCUCCCUCUGCCCGAAGCCCAUCACCAUCAAAGGCACCGCCCAGAGCCCCCCUCCCCUCCGCCGUGGAGCGGCGUGAGAUCGAGAUCCGCCGCACAGCCGCGUCGCCCCGAGAGUCGGUGUUGAAGAGCCCGGACUCCAUCACCGAAGCCAACAGGCAGCGGCUCCACGUGGAGAGCUACACCUCCCCCCCAGACAGCGAGGCUUACUACGGGGAGACCGACAGCGACGCCGAUUACAUUACAAGCGAGAAACAGCGCAGGCAGAAGAAAAAGAGCCCCAUCUCCUCCCCCCGACAGAGCGUGAAGACCUCCCGCGUGGGCUCGGCCGACGAGGCGUCGGAGCAGAGCGAGUACGACAGCGCCCCGGAGCACCUCCACCACUCGCGCCCGGAACCGAGAGGCGCAUUUCGCAACGGGAGCGAGUGCCACCUGAGCCUGGGGGGCAGUGCCAGUGCCAGUGCCAGCGCUGCCAGUGCCAGCCCCAGCCCCAGCCCCAGCCCCGGCCCCAGCCCCGGCGGACCGGCAGCCCCAGAGCUCGGCUCCGGCUUCUCCCGCACCGCACAGCCGGACUCGGGAGCUCGCACCUGCUCCCAGGACCCGGUCGAUCAUCGGAACCGGCCCCCGGGGGUCAGCUGCAGAAACCGCGAGGCGAUGUUCCAGCCCAGGCGGGUGGAAGCCAAGAUCAACAUCUGGCAGCCCCAGGUGGAGGUGGCCUCCUACCCGGACAGCUGGCCAGGGCCAGGGCCAGGGCCAGGGCCCGGGGGCAGCAGCCGGCAAGGCGUCCCGGACACAUCGGAGGCCGACAGCGGGUUUCAGGAGGUACCUGUGCCCUCCGGCUCACCUGAGCAAAACCUACUGCCGUCCCCCACCAAAGUCCACCUGAAAGACGUACAGUUAGUCCCGAUGGUGGGUCCGGUGAGUCAUCCGGUGGACGAAGUGCUGACCACGACCUACAGGGAGAAAGCCAGACAAGCCAAACUGCAUCGGAGUGAAAGUGUGCAGGAAAAGCAGGUGAAGGAAGCCAGGACAAAAUGCAAAACCAUUGCAUCUCUCCUUACAUCAGCACCCAACCCUCAUUCAAAGGGAGUACUCAUGUUCAAGAAACGCCGUCAACGAGCUAAGAAGUACACUCUAGUUAGUUAUGGAAGUGUUGAUGAGGAUAGGAAUAAUCUGGAUGAAGAUGGAGAGAUUUUGCCAACCAGUGAAUCUGAAUUUGAUGAAGAAGCAUUUUCUGAUGCGAAGAGUUUAACAAAUCAGUCCACGGGGUCAGAUUGGGACAGCUCGUAUCUGGAUAUAGAAAAGCCAAAAUCUGAACCACAGGGUUUAAUGGAAACUAACAGUAAGGGUGUACUGUUGUUUGAACAUCAAAGGCAGAGAGCAGGGGAGCACACUCGUAAAGAAGGUCCAGCUCAGAUGCAACAGAGUGUUCAACAAAUUAAACCAAAAUCAACAGCUGAAGUUAUGAACUGCAAUAUGAUGAAUGGUGAUAGUUCUUGGUCCAGAGGUUCAGAUGUAUAUGGUGAAACCCCUAUGCAUGUACCUACAAAUGUAAACAUUUCCCCAGAAGUACAUAUGUCUUCAAUAGUAAGUGCAGAACCUCAUUUACAGACUACAAGAUCAAGUCAACAGCAGCAGUCCCAACCCAUUAUUCAAGAUGUGUCCUUCCCAACUGGAGUAAUAAACAGGACUGCAAGACCAUUCACUCCAGGAUUUGUACAGAACCGAAAAGGAGCAGCAUUCUCAAUAACCAAGCCGGUGUUCUUCAGACAAAAUCCACCAUCUCGAACAACAGCCCAGGAGAAGCCCACUAUGCAAAACAGACUUGCUACACCUUUCUCACCACCACCAGCAGUAAUCUCCAGACCAACCGCAAUUGCUACUUCUCAGCUAGGGUUGGCAGAAAAGCCUUUGGAUCCAAAGAAAAGAAUGACUUUAUAUUCACCAUCUGAAAUUGUGCCUUAUUCACCCCCACCUUCAACAACACCUUAUUCACCCCCACCCUCAAUGACCCCUUAUUCACCUCCACCCUCAACAAUCCCUUAUUCACCCCCACCCUCAACAAUCCCUUAUUCACCCCCACCCUCAAUGACCCCUUAUUCACCUCCACCCUCAACGACUGCUUAUUCAACCCCACCCACAGUGACACCUUGUUCACCCCUACCUUCAACAACUCCAUAUUCACCCCCACCAGCUACUUAUUCAUCCCCACCCUCAGCAAUUCCUUGUUCAUCUUCACUAUCAGCGACUGAUUCACAUCCUCUAGUGAACCCUUACUCAAUAUCCGAUGGCCCAGUCACUACCACUGCUACCUUCCACAUCUCCUCAGCAGGGUCACAAAACAAAGGUUCUGCCAGUGCUAAUGCAAAUACCCAGGCUUCUUCAAUUGGGAGCCCUUCAUCAGUAGCUUGGUCAGCAUCCCAACAAUCAGAGAAUCUAGUGACAAGGGAACAAAGAAUUUCGAUUCCUGCUGCUAGAACAGGAAUCUUGCAGGAAGCUCGCAAGCGGAGCACUAGGAAGCCAAUGUUCACUGUCACAGAGCUGCCAAAGCCUUCACCAAACCCUGAACUUCUUUCCUUGGUGCAAAAUUUGGAUGUAAAACCAAAGCCUGAUCAUUUAGGAGCAGGUUUCGAGUCUGGUCCAGAGGAAGACUUUUUGAGCCUGGGGGCAGAAGCAUCAAAUUUUAUGCAGUCUCAAGCACGCAAGCAAAAGACACCACCACCUGUAGCUCCAAAGCCUCAUGUAAAGCCUUAUAUAGUUGGCUAUGGUUCUCCCCUUUCAAAUGGAAACGUCACCUCAGGUAUAGCUCAGCUGAAAGGAAAAGGUGCUGAACUUUUUGCAAAAAGGCAAAGUCGUAUGGACAAGUUUGUUGUUGAAUCUGUGCCUACUCAUCCUUCUCACCCAAGAGUACCAUCACCAACUCCUUCUCUUCCAUCCACGUGGAAGUAUUCUCCCAACAUUCGGGCUCCACCUCCAAUUGGUUACAAUCCUAUGCAUUCGCCGUCCUAUCCACUAGCAGCAUGUAGAUCUCAAGCUGCGACUUCCAGUGCUAAAAUGGACAAAAAAGGAAAACUAGGAGUGAAUCAAAAGGUGGGAAUAAAAGCAAUAGAUUUUAUGAGGCAUCAGCCUUAUCAAUUAAACCCAGCAAUGUUCAACUUUGAUUCAGCAAAGUUGGGAACACAAAGCUUACCAAGAAAUCUUCCAUCCACACAACCUGGCAAGCAGAAUAAUAUGUCAUUCAUCUCCACAAAACAUGUUCCUGUAAAAACAACACGAGCUUAUGAAAUCAAACGUUUUUCAACCCCGGUGCCAACAAUGACACCCACUAUUAUUGCCCCAAGAUCAGCUACAACUCUUGCUGAACCUGUGUGGAUGUCUGCACCUAUGUCGCCACCACCAGCAUUACCUCAAGUAUCCAGUGCACCAAGAGUUAGCCAGCCAGUUGCUUUCACAUCUUAUGAGUCACCAAGAGAAAAUAUUCAAAUUCAAAAGAAAACCUUGAUUCAAGUGCCCAGACCAAGGUUUGUGGUUGCAAAAACUGGAGCUCACAGCCACACGUGGAGACCUGGAGUGUAGAGCUUGAGAAAUGCAGCCAUUUUAAGUUCUUGGAAUUUUACUAAAUUCUCAUACUGAAUGAAGACCCAUUAAAAUUGGAACAUUUGAAUAGUUUGCAGCCAAACAUAAUCCUCUGCCAAAACGUUGAACCACAUGAUGCUAUGUGUGGAUAAAAUCCAGCUUGUAACAUCUAAUCAAUUUCACCUCUUGGAAAGUUGCCAAUCCUUCUUUUAAUAAUGUGCAUUUGGGUAGAAUUACACUAUUGCAGUCUGUUUGAUCAUACUCAUCUUUUAAAAAUUGAACCAAACAUUUACAGAAUACAAACCACAAUGAUGUCAUCUACCCAUAAUACUUUAUUGGUAGGGCAACACUUCCUUAUGGUGAAAUCAGUGAAUCACUAGAAGCCAGGUAUAUCUCAACACAUCAGCAGAUAGGUUCCAACACUUGGUAAAAGAUCAUGUUAGUAAGUUAACAACUGAAAUGUCCCAUUCUUGAAACAGAUAAACUUUCUGUUUUAAAAUAUAUACUGUGUGUUAUUUUAGUGUAUGAUUUAACAAAAUGCAACUCGAAUGCUAAAACUGAAUUUACAUAUAUAACCGACAGUGGUGUGCAAAAGAAUAUAAAGACUGAUCUAUGUUUUGAGAAUUUUCUCUUUCUAAAUCCAAUUAUUCAUGGCAGUUGCCUCUAGUUUCAGUUCAAAGUUAUAAUAUACAAGUUAUAAAUGGUCAUGCUAGUAUGGGUAGAUACUGUAACUAGAUGGAAUGGAAUUGGAUUGUUCUUACAAUUAUCUAGCAUGACGUAUUGACAGUGUGGAUGUAACUAGGGUUGGGGGAAUAACCUGUUUGAAAGAAAAAUCACUUGGAGAAAUUAUGCUAAUAUAAGGCAUAAGUUUGGAGAUGUUCAGAUUCCUCUGUGCAGAUAUCAUAUCUGUAAUAUGGGUAAAUUAAUUUAGAUGAAAAUAUUCCAAAAAGGGAUAGUGCUCAAGAACUAAUUGUUAGUCACAUCACUAGUUGUUCUAGUUUUUAGUUGCUCUAGUUUUUAGUUGCGCAAUCUUGUAUUAGAAAAGUCAAAAUUGUCUGAUACGAUUGAUACAUUCAUGAUAUUUUUACACUGGUCAACUUAUUAACAGAAUAUUUUCAAAAAAUGCUAAUGGGUUCUAGUGGUAGACUAUGAAUACUAAAUUAAACUUUUAUCUCCAGAUGUGAGUCCAAGGGGCCUGGCAACAACCACCCUUCUUGGUAGCUUGUUGCAGUCAUUCAUUACCCUCUGGGUAAAGAUUAUGCUGGUGUUAUGACAAGUGUAGGCACUUUAGAUAUUUUCCAUCUUGUUUAUUGGAACAAUAGCAGUUAGAUCGCAACACUUGGACAUAUGGCUGGAUCCCAACAUUGAGUUUGAUAAUAAAGCAAUGUAAUGCAGUAAGUAAACAAGAUUAUUUGAUCUGAAUGAUUUGUACUAAAAUUAAAUUCAGAUAAGUCUAUGAUUUCUUAGUACAAGUACCAAAUACCAACAUGUAUAGCAGGUCUCAUCAGGGAGUAAUGAGCUUGCAUUCUGAGAUGGUAUAGUACAUAUGGAAAUAUGAUUUGUUGCAGUUUAAUUCUUAAAUGAAUGGCAUAAAACUGCGGACUGUAUUUUAUAUCUUAAUGUGAUAGUGUCACAUACCAUACUAAGAUGAAUGAGAAACAUGAGGAUAAAAUGUAAGGCAAUAUAUUAAGUUAGAAUGGCAAGAAAACGUGAUAUUGAUUGAAAAUGUGAGGAAGACUGGAUGAGAUGGAACACUGGAUGGUCGGGGUUUUUGUAAGUCGAGAUAGAGGCAGAGUAAAUGCAACUGGGAUUAGCUCAAUGAGAGGUAACUGGCUAAGUCAUAAUGUUUGAUAUUGCAAGGGGAAAGAUUUGCAAUUUUUUUCCAUUAAAUCACAAUCACCUUGUGACCAACACAAAGCUCCUGAAGAACUAACAUGAAGUGUAUACAAUUCAAUACAGUUAAUGUGAGAUUUUUGUAUUUACAUACAUUUCCAAAUAGCUUACAUAAUUAUCCCAAACCUUAAUCACUCUGAUUUUGCAAACAUAUUUAGAUUUUGAAAGUGGCAUUGAAAUGCUAAUACUAUUUGGAAUAUUGAUCUAAAUUAGUUAGAAAAAAAGUCUGAUUGAAGAUAUUGCUAUCUAUUUAUGUUGUGUGCUCUUGCUAUUUUUAGUAAACUUUAAUUUCACACUUAUUAACUCUUUAACCAGAAAUCUAUUCUUAGGUUUGAACAAAAUAUAUUCAAACAGCAUUAACCCACAUUUUGGUUGGCACUGCUAUAUUCAUUUGUUCAGUUGUUAAAAUGCCCUCAUUGCGUGGAAAUCUAUACAUGAGACAGACAUAAAAGGAAGAAUUUUAUCAAAAAAUAUUUUUUAUUAACUAACAAAAGUAACAUUCAAAAUAGCUUUACAACCAAUGAAAAUCAAGGACUACAUUAAGAACAUCUAUAAAAUCAGAUAUUGCUCGUGAGGGGGAUAGGUAAGGAUCUUAUUUGUAGGAUUAAUGCACUUCAAGUUUGUAGGUACAAUGAAUAAAGUACAAGCUUGCACUAAACAAAUACCUUACAGAAAGGGAUUGUUUCUUAUAUGCAGCAUUAUUUUUACUGUUUCAAGAGAUACCUGUGUGAUUAUGAAUGUGAGCUUCAAUGUUUAAAUCAUGUAAUGUAUGCUGGUGUAAGAUAAUAAAAUGAAACGUGAUUGACUCAUUUA